AUGGUCUUUCAAAUAUUUUACGACAUAGUGUUUAGUCCCUUUGGAUGGGUAAUUGUUUUUGGGAUCUGUUCUGCAUAUUUUUUUCACAAGAAAUACGUUGCUCCCUAUCUUGAGCAGUUGAACAAUGAGAAAGAGUUGGAAGAACGAAAGAAAUUCGAUAAAAGCGUCGAUGAUAAAGUGGCGGACAAGGUACGACAAGCGCGCGAACGACAACAACAAGAAUACGAAAGAGUGGCCGCCGAGCAAAAAUUGAAGGAAGAAGAAAAAAAAAAGGAGAAACUUGAGAAAAUGAAAAAGGAAGAGGAAAAGGAAUCUGUAUACAAACACGCGGUCGGCUCGCAUUCGGUCAAGAAAGUCUUCCCAGCUGCGAAGGAGGAAACGCCAAAAGAAAUCAUUGCAAGAUUCAUUGCUAGCAAGCCGAUCGUUGUUUUCAGCAAGACGUGGUGCCCCUUUUGCCGAAAAGUGAAAGCAGCUCUUGCAACGUAUAGACUUUCCGUGGACUCUUUUGAAUACGUCGAGUUAGACGAAAGAAACGAUCUUCCUGGGGAAAAGAUUCUCGAUGAACUUCUUCAAAUGACAGGAGCACGUUCUGUUCCAAGGGUUUUUAUCAAUGGAAACUUUAUUGGUGGUUGCGAUGAUACAAUUCGCCUUCAACGAGAGGGAACUCUCGACAAAAUCAUACAAGAAGCUCUCAAA